UCACACCUCGCGUUCCCGCCAAAAAGUCUACAUCGAUUGCCUUAGAUACCUUUUAAAACUACCCUCUUUAAUAAUACUCGGAGGCAAAAUGGCGGCGUUUAUUUUAAUCAGCUGAUCGACUGUCACACUGACACAAGCGAAAUGUCAACUCAGGCCAAGUAAAUGGAUAAACCAGUAACAUAACUUCAUGGAUAUACUCGAUUAUGAUCACGGAAUCAAAUGUGAUGCGUCGUAUCACCACGCUGUUUAUUUCAAAAAAAAAACCUAAAUUUUAUUCAAACUAUGUCAACUAUAUGUUGUGUCAUCGUUAUUCAAAGUUCUAUUUGAAACAAUUAAUGAAAUAUAGUUAGAAAAUUGUACAGGAAAAAUAACAAUAAGCAAUCUGCAUUUCGACAGUAAAAAAUGAUCUUUAUACUUUAGUUCGAAGGACGUAUAUCGGUCAACGCGAUCAACGUAAGUCGCGGGUUAGUCGAGAUACUGUUUUGCGUAAUACACUGUGACUUAAUUUUAAAUUUUAACGAAACCAGAAUUUGUCAAUAUCCUCUAGAAUUCCCUAAACAUCUGUUAAGUAAGCAGCCUAACUCUUAUUAAAUUGUUUAACACACAUUAAAUAUCACAAAACCUAGAAACAAAAAAUGUAAGUAAUAAACAAACCAAAACAAAAUACCAAAACUAAUUGACAGUUUGACCUUUGAGGGUACAUAGCGAUUUUUAUAUCCUUGUUACUACAGGUAUAGCAUAAGACUUCGUUGUGCCUCAAUCGAUCAAUAAAAGACCUAAACAUUUGUAUAAAAUAAACUUAAAACAAAUAAAAGGAAUCCGUCCGACGGGGGACGCAUCAAAGGAAAAACAAAAUUGUUAUUUUUAUUUAAUUCAGAGCAUUUUCAUAUUUAUCUACCUUUUAAACCUUCUCUGGACUUCCACAAAUAAUUCAAGACCCAAAUUAGCCAAAUCCGUCCAGCCGUUCUCGAGUUUUAGCGAGACUAACGAACAGCAAUUCAUUUUUAUAUAUAUAGAUAAUUUACUCAUUUAUUAAGUUUUAAUGAUUGCGUUGUCGUAUUCUUUAUGUAUUGUUGUCUUGUUUUAAAUAUAAUGCAUCCAGACUGUUGAUUUUCGGUAGCUCUGAUAGAUGAAGCCAUAAUAGUGAGUGUCAAUGCUUGGUCACACCAAAAUCUCAAGUUAACUUACUCAACAUCUCGGGCAGCUCGACACAAAGUAAAUCCGAAAUUGACGUUCGCAUAAGGCCCGUGGCUCUUACCUCAAGUGGUUUAUGGCUCAAGAUCAUUUGGUUUUUAUAGUCUCUCGCUUCGACCGUUGGGGGGUACAAAUCUCAAACUUCCAUCAACACUGUCUUCUGAAUAAAUUCGUUGCUUGGAGACCUCGUUUACAUUUUUUUGUGUGGUUAGAGUCAGUGACGAACUAACAAAGAAAAGUAUAUUGUCUUUAUCCACUGAAAGGCAACCUAACAAGAUCCUUCAUACUGAUUUGUUUCCUUGUUUCCCAAGGCCGUUUAGAUAAAUAAAAGCCCACCGAAGUAUAAUCGAAAGAAACGGAUUCGAUUGAUUGACGUCAUAUUCAAAAAACGUUGUAUUUAUACAUUACAGAACUAGCUGCACUGAAACCUAAAAGAUAACAUAUCAGGAAGCCUAGGUUUUUGAUAAAAUACUGAAUUUACAACAAAAAAAAAAUUUGUUCGCGAUAACGUUCCACUAUCGUUAUGUUCGCUUGUUCUAAUUCAUAUUUCGUCAAUAUUUAUUCGUUCGGUAUGUGCUGAAUAGUUGAUGGUUCUGUGGCCAAAUGUUUUGUUUUGUCAAAAUUACGGUCGCCUUUUACACAUGACUCAUUAAGUGAAACAGUCAAAAUGGUGGACAGUCAGACGCAACACUUCUGUCUCCGAUGGAACAACUACCAGCGCAGUAUUACCAGCGCCUUCGAGAACCUUCGCGACGACGAGGACUUCGUCGACGUCACGCUCGCCUGCGACGGGAAAAGCCUCAAAGCUCAUAGAGUCGUGCUGUCAGCUUGCAGCCCUUAUUUCAGAGAAUUAUUGAAGUCCACGCCGUGCAAGCAUCCAGUGAUCGUGCUUCAAGACGUGGCGUACACAGACCUUCACGCCCUGGUCGAGUUCAUCUACCACGGCGAGGUCAACGUUCACCAGCACAGCUUGUCCUCAUUCCUGAAGACAGCUGAGGUGCUCCGUGUCUCCGGUCUCACACACAAUGACGCUGCCCAGGGGCCCCUGCUGCAGACCAUGCGGUCGUCAGCAGCUCCGUCACCCCACACGCCACCCCACCCGGCCCACUCUACCCAUAUACCGCAACCCUACCCUGACAAACUCGAGGAAGCUCUUCUUCAACCCUCAUCCAGCAUCCCGCCCAUGAUGCGCCGCAUUCCUCUUCCUCCACCGCGACGCAUGAGCUCCACUGACAACUCGCCUGACGUCAUAAAGCGUCCACGUCACGACAACAACAACACAGAAUCCCCACAAAUGCACGCCGCCGACUUCUCGACCAAGAACCACUCGAUUCUGAACAGCAGGGGUCACGAGCAGGGGAACAACGGAAACGGCAUCUCCAAUAGCAGCUCGUCACCUUCCCCGAGGCUGAUGGACGAAGUGAAAAACGAACCGGUCGACAUGAUAUGCCCUUCCAACCCUGAUAUAGAUCGCUGCACGGAUGACACACCGCCGCAUACUCAUCACCGACCAAUCGGAGGUCCACCGUCGCGCAGUAGCUCUGCUGAUGCCGAAGACCGCACCCCUCCCCCGCAGCUGCCGCCCUCACCAUUCAUUCCGCCCCCCGACACGAAGCUCUUCAACCCGUCUAACUCCUACAACUUUACAAUGGAGGCACUGGCUCAACACUCGACACUAGCCGGUCUGCAGAGUCCUCUCGCUUCGGACGGAAUGGCGAGCACAUCUCAAGCUGUACCGCCCCUCCGUAUGCCCCCGCCCACAGCCGGCGGCAUCAACGAGCCCCAGGAGUGUCCGUACUGCCGCAGGACAUUCUCUUGUUAUUACUCGUUGAAACGACACUUCCAAGACAAGCACGAGCAGUCCGACACGCUGUACGUGUGCGAGUUCUGCCACCGGAGGUACAGGACCAAGAACUCGCUGACCACGCACAAGAGUCUGCAGCACCGCGGCUCCAGCGGCAUGCUGAAGCGGCUGCUGAAGACGUCGGCGCUGCACAGCGCGCUGGCCCCGGCGCCGCACCACCUGUUCGACCUCGGCGCCGGCGACCACGCGCCGCAGCUGCCGCCCGGCCUCCAAUGACCGCAGACGACGGCUUGAACCGGUGCCUACCCUCCGCGCGCCGAGCGUGUCCCGUCGUCGGCGGCCGGACACGCACGGCGAGCGGGCCCGACGCGGACUCGACACGGACACCAUCCUCCAUGUGCAAUAUAAACGGACUAUGCCAAAACAAUGCAGGAAUACGCCGCAUUUUAUGGUUAUUCGUAUUAUAAUUAGUAAAAUAUUGACGUUAGGUUUAAAGUUACGUAAACAGUAUUGUCGCCCGCGGCCGGUAGAGGUCGCUUAGUGUACGCUUCGAGGAACGGACUCCGCUUCGUGGCGAAUGUUACAUUACGGUGUAAGUGACGGCGUCUCCCAUUGGGGACGUCCGGACAGUGUUCAAUGUGACAAUGUAAUCCAGAGCAAUACUAAAGUAUUAAUAUUUCUAGUACUGCCAAAUUUUAUGCCAACUGUAUUCUAAAGAGAACGUAUGCAUUUUUUAAAUCACUUUUCGAUAAAUGUCUAGUGUCAAAUUAGAUUCGGUAACUGUACAAAAGAUUAAACGUACAAAUUUUAAACAGUAUAAAUAUUAAAAGAACAAAGAAAAUAUUUUUUAAUGUAACUUUUUUCGGAAUGCCAAAAUUAAAUUUACAUAUAAAAUAAUUAAAGAAAAAAAAAACAGAUUAUUUAGGAAUUAAUUAUCAAAAACCCUUUAGAUUAAUGAAAAUGUUGAAUGUUGAUUGAAAUAAAAUAAAUUAAAAAUAAUAUAUUAUUAAAGACUUCUUAGAAUCUGAUUUCGAGAGUACAAAAAAAGUUUUUAUUGAACAAUAAUAAUAAUAUACUUAUUGUACGUGCGUUUGGCUUCAAUAAAACUAUCAUAAUCGUUGUAUAAGUAGCCGUGCCUUCGUUCGUCUUCAUGCUAUUAAAAUUAUAUUGAAAGAACUAUUUGAUGUGUAUUGGAUUGCGGCUGACGGGUCUGGUGGCGAACGAAUUCUGACAGAUGACGUUUCGAAAAUGAUAUAUUUAGGGAUGCCAGCCUCCGGCGACUCCCCAGAAUACAGGGUUCCGAGUGAGUGGCAGUUGCAUAGGCAAUAGAGGCGCCUGUGAGCCUAACGUGGGUCUUCGAAAAGCGGUUCGUCGAUCGUAUACGUGUGCAUGAUUUCAAAUCAUGAAACAUUAAAAAAAUAAUUAAAAAAUUAAUAUAAUCAUUUCUUCUGUGUAAAAAAUAAGUAGUUAUUUAGGGUAUUAAUUAAUAGAAUUAUUAUGAUUAUUAUUAUUAUUAUUGUAAUAUGUAUCCAUUUUCGGAAUUCUCUCUAUCUCUUUACGAGUGUAUAGUGGUUCUUAUUUAAAUAUUGACCAACGUAGCAGACGUCUCUUUAAUGAAAAUUUAUUAGAUUAUUAUUAUUAUUAUUAUUAAAGUAAUUAUUAUUAUUCUCAAAAAGAUAGAAUUACUUUACCAUAAGAUGGCUGCAGAUUGUUUUUUUUUUUUCAUUUUAUUGUAGGGAAUUUGCUUGGACCGCAGUUUUUGUUUCAAAAAACUCCGUACAUAUCUGUUCAGGGUGACAGUAACAAUUGAACAAAAAAAAGGAGAUAUCCAUAGACUCUCACAUAUCACAAACUAAAAAUACAAAUAUCAUAUUAUUUUCUUUUAUAAAAAAAAGGAUUCACACAGUGAUAUUUCACAAAGCCAAAGAAAUAUGGGGAUGCAAUGCAUUUAUUUGAUACAAAUUGUUGUAAAGCAUCAAAGAAUAUCUAUCAGACACUAUAAUGACAUAGUGCCAUAUCAAAAUUGAAUAUAAUCUCAAUAAUACCCGUACAUGCAUACAUAUCUAAGCACUGAAAGUGAAAUUGUAUAAGAAAUAAGUAAAAUAAUAUACAUACAUAAAUGAACAAAAUAAUUAUUAAAAAAAAUGGCAUAACAUCAUCCCCAAUGCCCAAAUUUACCUCCAUAUUUUAUACCUCAAUGGACACGUCACACAAUACAGACUGUUUGAUAUUUUUGUUAGGAAAUAUAGUUUAAAAAAAAAAACGACAUAACAAUUUUUUGCCUGAGCUUACAAAGGUAAAAGCAAGCGGGUAGUUUAAAUAUUGUAUAUAUUUAACUUAGUUAUAACAUGAUACAUUGUCGUGGCAUUUUUAUUUUUCGAUAAUUUAUGUAUGUACGUCGCGUGAUAUUAACAAAAAAAAAUAAAGUAAUAAUAAUAAUAGAAUAGAACGAUAUGAAAGCAUUAAUAUAAACUUUUCAAGAGACAAGAACAUUUUAAUAUGAAGCGGAAUAACGCGAUUUUACUUUUUAAAUUGACAUUAUCAGUACUGGCUGAUGUUUCCCCAAUCAGCAGGCAUUACUCGAAGUUUAAUUUAUUUAUUAAUCUCGCAUUUAUUUAAUUACGAGUUCACGCCUAGUCGUGACCAUGAAAACUGAAAAGGAUUUGUAUAUAGCAAAGUGAGAUAAACGCGAGCUUAAGACGACAAAGUCAUUGACUGGAACUGUCGCUUCGAGAGCUUCAAAGUUGUUAUUUGACCCUACGAAUAAAUAGAUUAUUAAUUCGUAGAUUAGACCUAUAGAAAGAACGGAGUUCACAACAAUACAAAAUACAGCUUAAAUACAUCCAAUACAAUAAAGGGACAAGAGGUUAUGUCAGUAAAGGUUAAAAUUUAACGAAGUACUUGAGUUAUAGAAUUAUUUGAUUAUUCUUUAAUGUACACAGAAAAAAAAACAUAUCACAAAAGGAACAAAUUUUAGUUUUGUGUACAAAGGGACUUAACUCAUGAUUUGUACAAUAAACUUUACAUCGCUUUAUCGUACAAAUCAGUAAGGUACAUAGCAGAAACUUAUUAUGAUUAAAUAAAAUAGCUAAUAAUUAAACAGACACGCAGCAACCUGGAAGCUAUUUCAGUCUCUGAUAACGGUGGUAGCAAUUUGUGAGUCUGCCAUAUUAAGGUCCUUUAGUAACACUAAGCAAUCAUGUAUGAGACUUCGAUGUCGUAUCUUAAAAUGGCUCGGAAUCAUGGCGCAGGCUUAUGCGCUGUCUACUGACUCCAGAAUCCACUUAAUAUGGAGGGUAGUCGCCUUGUCUUCGACUGUAAUAAGCCUCCAUAUUUAAGUCCAUCAAGGAAAUAGCUACUGAUUAACCUUUCUGUUCACAAUGAACUCGGGACAAGUGUUGCAAUGUCAAGUACAUUAAAAAGUAAAAUCGCGUUAGAUACAUGUUAGAGUCACACUUUAAGAUAAAAUAAAAUAUGAUGGUAUAGUUUUUUUUUUUUUAAUUUCUAUAAAUAGUGAAGCUUAGGGAUAAUUAAAUACAAUCUUAAAGUUUGUUUAUUGUUUUCGCUGUAAAUUAUAAUUUGGCUGUUUAAUUUGAGCUUAAUUGUUAAAUUCGUUGAAAAUGGAAGGAAAUUUUCCCACCUUUGUUGGUUUUUUUUUUUUUUUUCAAAAUUUUUGAUCUCAGGCAAGAGCUGCGAAAUACAUCAAUAUAGGGGACAGCCUUCGGUGAUUGUUAUUAGGUCUUACUAAUGUAUAGAACGUGUUAGUUUUUAUUUUACGUGUCGGCAACUUUUUGUUUAGGUAUGUUUUUUUUUUUCAAAUUCGAAAUUACAGCAGCGAAAUCAAUAAUUUUCGAAAGUAUGUAUCGCAAUGUAUACCAAAAUAAAAUGCAUUUUUAUAUAAAUCGUAAGUUUAAAGUGAGAAUUUUUUUUUUUAAAUAUAAAAUACUUUUUUUUAAUGCAUUCUGAAUAUUACGCAGAUUAUGUUUCGGAAUUUCUUCGCCAGCUUCUUUAAUAAUUAACUUCGAACUGACUGUGUUAUUAACUAGUGUUGUACAAAUAUAAUUCAGCUAACGUGUUGCCUUCGAUACAGUACAACUAUUCAAUAGACAAUAGUUUAUAAAUUUAAUGUAAUUCUAGCUACUUUAACGACAAACGGGAAAGAUAAUACUUAGCCAAACGAAAUUAACGUAAAUUCGAUAAAUGAAAUAAAUAAAUACCUUUAAAAUAUACAAGAUACAAUACAGAAAUACCUCAUUUAAUAUGAAAAAAAAAAAAAUAAAGUUUAAAUAUUUUUCAGGCAUAUAUUAUAUACCUAGUUAAAUAAUGUUAAGCUGUUAAUAUAAAACUACGCUGUUUGGUAUUCUGUUUAACAUCGCUAAUGACGUUUUAAAUUAUUUUUCGCAAAUGGCAACAAAUUAAAAUUCACAUACGGUCUACUUUUUACAAUUUAAUUCGAAACAAUAUUAUGUAAAAUUAUUUAAUAAUUAUUUACAGAUAAUUAAACUGAAACCCCCGGAAACUGAUCCGUCUCAAGAUAUUAAUAGUGGUAAAUGAAUAAAUAUACUAUCUUAUACUUAAACUCCAAUGUUCUCGAUUACGAAAAAAUAAGACGAAGUUCACAAAAUAAAUUCACAAAAUAAAACAUAAAAUAAAAUAUUUAUUUAUCUAUGAACAGAAACAUUUUCUUAGAAAAAAAAAAAAGGAAAUGUUUUGUUUUUUUUUUCACUUUCACAAGUAUUACCUCCAAUAUUAUUAAGUAUUACCGUCGUUAUAUCUUUUUUUUUUAAUGUAUUAACGAAAUAAAUAUGUAGAAUUUAAAUCAGGGACUUGUCCGUCAAACGGGCGGACCACAGUUCUACCUACCACACCGCAAAGUUAACUGUAUGUCAGUGGUUUUUAUAUUAUAUAUAAACAUAGUUGGCGCGCGCGGUUCUGUGCGCGUUUUAGAAAUUAUACUUCUCUUGCGCUAAAAAAAAAAUCAUUACAUAGCCCUUAAAUUAAAAACAUCUCUCGUUUUUUUUACAAUCAACAGUUUCCGGUACUUAAUAAAUCUCUAUAGUAAAUUGACCAUCGAGAUUUUGAAUACUAAAAAAAUAUAUUUUCGAACGUAAUGUAUGAAAAAAUUCAAAGGGUUAUCCGAACUAAAAAUCUACACCAACAUUUUUAUCUGUGCUAGGGCUGUACACGUGUCAAAAGAAGUAUAAGUUCAGUGAAAUACAUUAUUAUAUACUGUAAAGUUCAAAUUUAUUAUAAUUGUUACAUAGUUUAUUCACAUACAUACGCUUCUUCUGCAUAUAAAGAACGAGAACGCUUAUUAUCUCGCUUGCACGCGAGUCGAGCGAGCAGACAGGUCGACUGAACCAGAUUAGCAUAGAAUGAAUAGGGUUGCGGUAUUUUAUUCUUUCAUUAACUAUAGUUUUGAUUGAUUAAAACGUAGCUUAAGAUGUUUGUACUUUGCAGCAGAAUAACAACAGAAGAAAAAAAAAGUCAAUGCACACUGGUUCUUUUGGCCAUAGAGACGAUCCCGUACUUUGUCUGCAAAAGCAGUAAAUUAUUUUGUUGUAACCUUUCACAAUAAAAAUGCAAUAGUUUCAGCGGACUUAUUUUGAUUUUAGAGUACAAUUGUUCAAUGUUUUAUUAAAUUGACUCGAUCGAGAUCGUAAUAUGUCCGUGCCCAGUUCAUGCCAUAGUCCUGUUUUUAUUAUUGAAAUAAUUUAAUAGUUCGAUCGGGAAUUCACUGUCGUUGGAAAUGUCGAAUAAAUAAACUCUUCUAGAAAUAUAUAUCGAAGGAUGACAUAGCUCUACUAGCUCUAUUGUUAACAAAAUGGCGCCUAACUUUUUUUCCACGGAAGUACCUACUCAAUGUGCGAAGGAAACUAAGUAAGUAUUUUUUUUAUUUAAGCUACAAAUUCUAACAAGUGCAAUAUCAUAUAUUCGAUAUAUAUGCGAAGAGUUUGUUAUAUUAAAUCGAUAUUAAUAUAUCAACGCCGAUAGCUUUAAUAUUAAUAUUGUAAAUUAUAUAAACCGUAUCUUCCAGUUAAUAUAAUUAAUUAUUAUACAUUUAGAACAAUAGUUUUCAAUCUACCACAAUACCUCAGUAUCAUAGAUUAUAUAAUAUGUAAUAUAAUUAAGAUACAUUCAAACAAUAAAAGCAGAUUUUUCGUUUUUUUACGGCCAAAAUUGAAAUAGGUUAUAUUUCAAAUAAAUCGAUUUAUUUUUUUCAAUUCUACACAAUAUCUAGUCCUAUUUUUGUUUUUAAAAGAUCGAAAAAUCUGCUCAUGAACUACACUUUAUAAGUGUAGUUUCCGUAAACUCAAAGUGCACUUACUUAAAUAAAAAUAAAUAUAUUAUGUAGUUUUUUAGAUUUCCCGAUCGAACGAGACCGUUUUUAUCAGCUCCUUUUACAGUACAUAAAUAAAUAGAUAUUUACAAAUAAUUAUACACGUAUGACAUACAAUAUGACAGUUAUUAGAUUAUACAAAUAAAAAUAGGUAUAGCGGGAUGAUUUUGCUACAGCGCGCCAUCUUUCUUUCCUUUCCUGUCUUUUUUUUUUUAAUUAUAACCAAAUGUCGAUUUGCUCAAAUUUUUCUCCAAAGUGUAAUAGUACAUUGGCAAUGUUUUUGGCAAAAUCGCUCCGCCGUCUCUUGUUACGGUUGAAUGACCCGAUUUUAUACAGACAGAAAUAUUUUUUUACGAAAUCUAUAAGAAUGAGAAACGUUUUAUGAAUGAACAAGUUAUUUAAGCGGCAAUUUUUAUUCUAAUAUUUCUGUACAAUAUAUUUUUGCUGACACACUUAGGUUUAAGAUUUUUUCUUUUUUUUUUUAAUUUUUCAUAAUUUAAUUUGUAUGCACGAUCUGCGUUUUAUUAGCAACUUUUUUUUCUUAUAAGCUAGCGUCUAAAUGGUGCGUGCUCGCGAUACAUAGUCAUUUCACUAAAAAUAAAUUAAAAUUUUUAAAUUAAUAUAUUAUAGAAUUUAAUUUAUUCAAAAGCUCUGAGAAUUUUUACUACUUAGUCGUGAGCAGGUAUCAUGCGAGACAAAUUAUUAAGCCUAAACUUAUUAUUGUGUUACUAAUUCGUAAUGGUUAUAAUUUGCCAUCGUUGAUCAAAGAAAUACGUGUUAAUACAUUUAGUUGAGUUUCGUUAUACUUUUAUAGACGUAACGGGUGGGUUUAGGGCGAGGAAUGUAAAAAAAAAUGUUUAAAAUAGUAUUGCGUAACGAUUGGUAUUAAGAUUUAGGCGUGGUUGGGCCCGUAGGUCCGUAGGCUUUCUUGAAAAAUAUAUUGUUGUAAUUUUUAACAUCUUAUUAAGUCGGUAAAGAAACUUAAAGUACUAUUGUUGUAGGUACGAAGUGAGUUAUUAUUGUUUUAGUCACUGUUUACGGAUAUUAAUGCCGAAAUAAUUCAUAAGAUCGGAAGAAACACGUGGCGCCAUCUAUACGCCACAACUGGAAACAUUUGAAUCGCAUCAACAAAAUCAUAAGGACUUAUGAUGACAGCGGAGAGAAAUACCUUCUGUUUGUUUGUCCAUUGUUCCAUUUAUCCUGUGUAUUAGAAAUAUCCACAUUUCGUCAUUUCCGCGAUCGAUGCCCAAUUAAAUUACAAAUUUGAAAACGUUGUAGCGCGUUAAAAAUUAUAAUAAAAUCUUCGUUUUUUGUGUGUCUAUUGGUGUAAGACAAUGUAAUAACAUUGAGGUAAUUGCAAUGUCUACGUGCACACGGCUUAAGUUAUAUCUAAGAUAAAUCGUAUCGUGGGCUAUCAACAAAACACACAAGGUCAGUCUGUAAAUUCUUGUAGAAGGCAUCUGUUCAGCAGGAGACGUCUUUCUGAGACUGAAAAUUAAUUUGGUAUUUUAUCUAAAUUGUUACCUACGUAAACUUAAUAUUCAGUGAUUAAAACAAUCAUGUACUAUACUUGUUUUGAUGUUGUUUAUAUAAAUGUGAUUAAGGAAUCAAUUCGGGUUGACCAUCGCAUCGAUUUUAAUUGUAGGAAUUUGACAUCCCUAGUGAAACUCAAUAUCAAAAUAAAAUAAAGAUUAUUUUAUUGAGAAACAAUUGUCGAAUGAAUCUAUAUAAAGGAUCCAUGUUUAUCGAUAAUCCAUGUUUUUUUUAAGGAAUUUUAUGACCUGGUAACUAAUACCUAUAAGUCAUAUCUUGAUAAUCCGUGUUUGGAUAAUGUCAACUUAAAUUAUGCACGUAUUAUUAUACAUACAACAGAUGUCAAAUUUCAACAUAAAUUGUUUACGGGGUGACUGACCAUUGCAACAAAAAUGAAUAAUGAACUGCUAAAGCAACUUGAUUGUUACAAAAGUUACUAAAAUCAUUUGUUUGUUUGUUUGUUUGUUUGAUAACAAUCAAAUUGAAGGUUAUUUUGAGAUAAAAGACGUUAAAUUUGAAAGGUUUCGUCACCUCCGACAUCGCUGGUAGGUUACAUAUCAAUUUAGUCGGAAAACUUAGUACUAUAAGUAUCUUUGAAUCUGGCUCAUCGAAACUUGCUUGUUUGAAAGCUGUCUUAGUUUUUUCAUAAAAAACGGAAGAUGAAUGUUUUUUCAAAUUCUCAUGGAAUGUAUAACAAGUUGGAUGUAAAAGUAUAAAAUAAACUCGCAGUGAUUCCAUUGAUGAUGUCUUA